GCUGCGGGUGGUAGGUCCGGGGUUAAGCUCAAUGUCACCGGAUAAAAUUAGCAGUUGCCGAAGAACAUGAAAACAGUCGAAAAGAAUAGCAAAACAGCAACUUGGGCUUGGCAGCACCAAUAAAGCAGCAUAGCGAGUACGUCGAGACGCGAAUAAAGAAUAGUGAUAGUUUACCUGCGUGACAAAUAAGCGUCGAAGGUUAGCGUUUGUCGCCAUGGCUGUGGUGCUGCCAAACCCAUGAAAGGCCGCGCGGGUUCCGAGCGGCUUUAUAUGGUAGAGGUGCGGAGAGGGUGAAGAUGUCUCCCGAUUAGAUGAGGUCGGUAUCACAAGGGCAUGCGCGGUCCAGGGCGGAGGCAGGUUAAGCGCAGCCGUGCACUGGAUUUGUUUUGGUGUCCCGAGGGCGCUGGAAGGCGUGUGAUCCGGCUGUACAAGCGGUGGUGCAGCAGGAAUGGUCGAUUGGACAUGGGGUCUGAAGUUUCUCGGAACGUCGACGGCAUACCCACCGCUUGGUUCUCGCGGCGGCAACGCUCGGCAGGAACCCAGUCGGGCUGAGUGCGUCGUACUAAACGGUGGACGGCGUGGCCAGCCGGCGAAGAGUACUUCGUCGGCGGGGCUCCAGGACGUGGGGCCGGCAGUUCCAUUGGUGACGCCAAGGAUUUCCACACUGUGAUGUCGGAGGGCACAGGAAGGAGUAUGAGAGGAACUUGGCGCUGUGGCCAAGGGAAUCACAUCGCCCGUCCCCACAAAGCUGCAGGCUAGUAUCGCUGAGCUCCGUCAGCAAAGUUUCCUGAUGCUCAUCCAAGACCUGUACUCUGUGCUGGGAGCCUAUGUGCUUGCAUUGUGGAAGAUCGGAAAACUUUUUUGGAAGCCGGCCUACGCUGCGUCGGACAAUGUGCUUGAGGACAUAAAGCCGGACGGCAGGGAGUGCUCUUUCCGGACCAACAGCAGUCACCGUACACCGUGUGACAGAACAUAGGAACUUCCAAGUGCGGGCCUUCCUGUUCCUCCGCCGAAUACGCCCAGCAUGUCGGCUACCCAUCAGGGCAGCGCCGCAGAGCGGUGAAGGCGCGAGCGAUAGGGCGCCGUCGGAUGCCCGACAUGGAACAGCUGACGGAGUUCGUGUCCAAGUCGUUCACACUCGACCGGGCUGUCGGCUUGCCGCCGCCUCCUCCGGUAGUGGGGGCACCGCCCAUCUUGGCGGCCGUGACUACGGUGAAAGCAGCCUCCGGCGGCCCUCACGGCUGCGGGCGCGGCGUGCAGUCGGCGCGGAGCCUCAACUUCACGGCCCAGAACCUGGCCACGUCCUCGCUGCGCGAGAAGACCCCGCCGCCACAGCCGCCGGCGCUCGUGGUGCCUGCCUCCUCGUCGUCUCCGCCGGCAAGCGGCACCGAGGGCUCGUCCUCUCGACGCAGGUCUUCGAGUGACGCCGAGCUCGACAAGGAGGGCGACGACGACUCGAGGGGCAGCCCCGACUGCUGUUCUCCGGAACCCGAUGGCCUGAGCAAGCUGGCAGCAUUGCCUGGUGGUCGACCGGCGGUACCAGCACCUUCCUCGCCUCCUCGUCGGCCGGAGCUGCCAUCGUCUGAGAGAAAGUCGGACGUGCACCAUCCUCCUUCUCUUUCAAUCGGUUCUGGACCGCCGAGACUCAAGGAGGAGUCCGCCUGCACCCCCGGCAGCAACGGCGGCAACGUGAGCAACGGUAGCAGCAGCGGUGGCGGCGGUGGCUGCGGAGGCAGCAGCAGCAGCAGCAAGGUUAAGCAGCGUCGAUCGCGCACAAACUUCACGCUGGAGCAGUUGAACGAGCUGGAGAGACUGUUCGACGAGACGCAUUAUCCAGACGCCUUCAUGCGUGAAGAGUUGUCCCAGAGGCUAGGACUGUCCGAGGCCAGGGUUCAGGUGUGGUUUCAAAAUCGCAGAGCAAAGUGCAGGAAACACGAGAGCCAGAUGCAGAAGAGCCUCAUGAUGGCGACAAGCACACCGAUCGAGUCGUCGCGCAUCGCGCCCUACAUCAGCGUCAGCGCGACGCCCCCACCCCCACCGCCGCCACAGGCGCCGAGGCUUUCGGCGGAGCGGCUCUUCCUGCCGCCGCACUCUGCCGCUGCCGCCGUUGCCGUCAGCGGCGCGGCGGGUAGCAGAGGAGGCGGCGGAACGGCAGCGGCCGCCGCCGCUGCCGCAGCAGCCGCGGCCACGUUUCUCCCGUACGCCGCCGACCCUACGGGACUUCUCGCUGCCGCGCACCACUACUCGGCGGUGGCCGCUGCGGCGGCAGCUGCCGUCGCGUCCGGCCACGCGCCGCCGCCGGUGCCGGCGCCUCCUCAUCCGCCUUCCUCGGCCGCGGCUGCCGCCGCUGCGGCGAGCCUACUGUUCUACCCGGCGCACAUGCCGUUUCCCGGCGGGCUGACCACUGCGCUGAUGGCUGCCGAGAGACUCACCACCAAGAACUCCAGCAUCGCCGACCUGCGGCUGAAGGCUCAGAAACACGCGGCCGCUCUGGGCCUGUGACGCAGGCUGGCGUCGCCACCGCUGCAGCCGUUGGACCCGCUCCGCUGCCGCCAUCGGAGGCGCAAACUGUGAAGGGCGAUAACGUAACCGGCCCUGCUGGAGCCGUCGUUGUUCACGGCGGCCUUGAGACGAAGACGCCCGAGUCGUUACGCUGGGAUUCACUCCUGGCCUUGAGAAGAGAACACGCCGCCAAAAAAAAAAAUGUGUUGGACAGCUCUCAAUUUUGGAGAUGUGAGGUUACAGAAAACACAACCUCGUUGGCGGGAACAUUACGCUGUGCGCGUCCGAUGUUAGUGCUACUCGUGAAGGAUGCGCCACGCUUGACGUGGAAUGCUUUCCGCGACCCACAGGAACCUGCUGUUCGGUGAAUGUUGCGCAACUUCAGACGGCCUGUGUUGGACGUGUUUCACUUGCACGCUGAAAUCUUCUGUGAUGCGCUAGUUCACUUGCUGCCCCGCAGGCAAGCGGUAAGGGCUACGAAGGGAGCGAUGUGCGCAACGCAUUUAUGCUAAAGGAGCACGCCCUACGAUUCGUCAUACAGCUUAGCUUCUCCACAUUGUGAACUUGAGUUCUCGUGAGAUGACUGAGAUUAUAGCGUCCAAUGAUUCAGGAAACAUCGCCAGAAAACCGAUGUUUGUUAUUUAUUAGGGCAUGUGUCGAAAAGAAUGCUGCUGCACACACACACACACGCUCGCGCACACACCCACCCACAAACACACACACACACACACACACACACACACACACACACACACACACACACACACACACACACACACACACACACAAAACUGCUCAAUCUGACCGUUGACAGCAGAGCAUCAUUGUCUUGCGGAAGUUCGUUGGCAAGCUCUUGUUGGCAGCUGUCCUGUAAUCAAGCUAGUGCUUUAGUAAGAUUAUUUCACUACUUGCUGCUUUGUCCAAAUAGGCUAUCUGUGAGAAAGAAUAGGCUGCUCUGUAGAUCUCUACACGCAAAUUACACCGUGCGUUCAAUGUUUGUUGCGUACUAGCAAGUGGAAAUUUUAAAGAAAUGAACAUGCGCACCAUGAAAGCGAAAGAAGACAGAAUGUUAAGAAAAAGUUUGAACAGAUUCUGCAAAGAAUGUGAGUGGCGAGGUCCGUAAACGUAGCCAUAAGCUCUGAUACCCAAGGCUGUGCUCUUUCGGGAGCUGCCUGCUAAAGCUUGCGAGAUCUUCAUCGACUACAAGUCAAAUCGCUACCAAUGGUGGUUUAAUCUUUAUGAGAGCGUGGGCGAACAUUCUUAGCCGUAUUGACGAGUAAAUGGAGCUGUUUGGUGCCGUGAAGGUCUGUGAGGUCUCCCCUAACCUCCAAAAAAAAACAUUUUAAAUUAAAAGCGAACUUCGGUGGCAGUGCCCAAGGAAAUGAGCAGGUUGGCGCAUGAAAACCGAAAGAAACCGCCUAUCUGCAACCAUAAGUGCCGCUCAAGAGUCACCUGUCUCGAUUCGGCGACAAAGAUUUCACGUUGGGCGUAUCGAUAUGAGCGUUUGCCGCUUCCAAAUGUAAUUCUGGACAAAAUAGCUAUAAGGUAUUUUUAAUAGGCUUUAGUUCGAGAAUACGCACAAGAUAUUCUUUUUUUUUCUUGCUCACCAGUACUAUUGACGUCCUUCUGAACAUCGCGCGAGAGUCACGCAAUAUGCAUGUAGCGAUAUCGAGGAAAAGAAAACUGCUCAUAAAUACAAAUGACUGUGUUGCUUGAGGGAGACAUGAUCAAGUAUAUUCGUAUGCUUAGAUCCGCUAAUAAAUGUACAGUCAGCACUGCGCGCAUGCUUUUCUUCUGAUUGAAGAAAUGCCUUACUGAUGAAAGCCCGCUAUUACUUGAACGCUCCACGGAAAGCAUCCCUUUCUUUCAUUCUUUUUUGCCCGGAAACACAGCAAGUAUAGACAGGAACACUGUCAACAAGUUGUGCUUGGAACAAAAUUUCAGCAUCGAGUGGUAUUGAAAACAUAAAUCAAUUAUCAAUUUUGCGUGUGCCUAAGUGUAAUGUGAACAAACGACACUUGAUGGCAAAAAAAAGGAGAUACUAACGUUAAUUUAAUUAUCUGUAGAGCUUCGAAUAAUUUGUGUUAAAGUACUAGUAUAAUAUUUUUGUGAAUUGCCAUCUCUCUCUAUUGGCUUCAGAAAGAAUAAAUUCCGUCCCCGGCCAUGUGAGAAAUGCAAAGAAAUGAUGUUUCGGGACCCCUACGGCUUCCUUGUUCACAUCUCAGGAAACAUGUUUGAAAGAAUAAAUUUUGGUCACCGACCCUGUCAAAAAAAAUGCACAAAGAAAAUAAAAUUGUUUGUUCACAUCUCAGGAAGCAUGUUAGAAAGAAUACAUUGGAGUCACCGGCUCAGUCAGAAAAUACAAAAAAAAAUAACGUUUCAUGUAAGCUUCAAUAUACUGCUUCAAUCAAUUAAUCAAAAAGGGAACUUUAUUACAUGUAGGUGAAGAUCAAGGGAUCACGGUAAGGGGCCUUACUACAUCCAGUACACAAAAGCAAAAAAAAAAUUGUAAUAUUAUUUGUAGUUACUAGUUGAAAGAGUGUAGCAAGAGCAACGUAACUUCGCGCUGCAGGUGAUAUAACGGUAAUCAGUGGUUCUAAGCACGUGAUAGCACAAACCAGUGGCGCUCAUGCCUGGCCAGUUCAAGGCCACAAAGCCAUUUCCUGCACCGUUAGCUUCGGUCCUCCCUCUCGUGCUUCGCUCGACAUUACUUCUACGGUUCCGCGAGGCAUUAGAGGUUUAUCUGCUGUUUUUACUAUGGGAAUAUUGAGCCUAUUCCUCACACAUGUAAAAUUGAGAGUUAAAAGGACCCUAAAGAGGUUUAAACACUGCAUCCGUUUAGACUGAUAAAGUAUUCACAGUAAACUCGAGUUUCGUUAAUUUCGUAGCAGUACGCUGAUAAAGGUGAAAUUUUUUUUUAAUUUCGCGCGAAACCGCAGCGUCGUUACUCCAUUAGGACAACGCUAAUUUCAAUGUAUUUCUGCACAUCCUGGCCGUUGUAUCGCGGUAAACGUUUUUGAAACUUGCGAAAUUCGGUCCUUUGCUCUUUUAGAUGACAGUUUAGCCAAUCUCUACAGAUAGCUAGGACUGAACAGACGUCGUGAAAAUGCAUGACGUCACGGCGAGCUGGAGCGAAAACUCGGAGGCAGCGUCACCACCUUUAUUUCGUCAUUGCGUAUUUUCUAAUUUACCAAGCCUCAUUUAACGGUAAGGGUGUUUUUAUUGUAGAGAGAAGGGAUAGAGGAAAAGCAGGGAGAUUAACAAGGCUGAUCCCAGUUGGCCUGCGCAGUAGUGGAGGAAAAGGGUACCGAGAAGUUCCCACUUUGCAAAGGUUAAUUUAGUGAUACGGCUAUAAUAUUCUUUUUUUGUGUGUGCAGUGUCCAUUUAUGCUCGAGGCUUUAGAGGAGGAGGCUUUAGAGGCUUUAGAGGAGGCUUUAGAACACAGCUUGUAUAUAUAGUCACAUCCUACUAUACCGCCCAUUCUUAUCAUCCCUCCUCAUGUCCCUUUUUUAGAGAGCAGUUCUUAGGUGCCCGUUCCUGCGGCAAUUGUCGGCGUGCCUCGGCGUCGUAGCUCGGCGUAACCGAGCGAACGAGCAAAGCGAAAAGUGAAAGCGAACGCGAAGUGCAGCGGGGAAUGAAAGACGCGAGGAGGAAAGCGGAGAGAAGGGUGCAGCGGAACCAUGAGGCGGAAAGCGGAGGAGGAGGGUAUGGCGAAAGCGUGAGAAGAAAGGCGUAGUGCGGCGACAAUGGCUACGAAACUGCGCCAGAGUAGCGCGUGUCGUCUGGUAGGUGUACGUGUCGGCGGCGGCUGCUGUGAAUCGCGCGCACGCGUCACGCACGAGCUGGCUCGCGAUCUAGAGACUAGCGAGGCAGUCGCGCCGCACUUGGCUCCGUUGGCAACGUGCCGCACGAGACAGAUUGUCCGCGCCAGCCAAUGUACCGCGAAACGAAAA